UUCAUCCUGACCUCCCCCCCCACAGGGCCGGAGCCUGCUGCCUUUACCAAGAUGGCGGCGAGCGGCAGCGGGAGGGUUGCGGCGGCCGCGGCCAGCACCUCGGUGAGGCCCAUCUUCAGCCGGGACCUGAACGAGGCGAAGCGGCGGGUGCGGGAGCUCUACCGGGCCUGGUACAGGGAGAUCCCCAACACCUUGCACCUGUUCCAGCUGGACAUCUCCGUGAAGCAGGGGCGAGACAAGGUGCGGGAGAUGUUCGUGAAAAAUGCUCACGUCACCGACCCCAGAGCCGUCGACCUGCUGGUCGUCAAGGGGAAGAUGGAACUGGAGGAGACCAUCAAAGUGUGGAAGCAGCGGACGCACAUCAUGCGGUUCUUCCAUGAAACGGAAACGCCACGGCCCAAAGACUUCCUGUCGAAAUUCUACUCCGGUCAUAACCCGUGAUGAGGGGCCUCCACGAAAAGGCCCCCCCCCCCCCCCCCCCCCCGAGCCGUCCUCACCCCCUUUUCUGCAAAUAAACCUUGUACAUUAGAAUCA